GUAGGGACAGGUAUGUGUCACAUGUAUGUUCAAACAUGCAUGGAUGACUGUUAAUCUAUAAAUUGGUAUAAUUCACUAUAUACAACAGGGUAGGACAUAGAGACUCAUUUAAGACCAGAAGUAGUCCUGCUGUGUUCUACAAGAAAGAUAGGAAGAGAUGGGUUCUGGACCUUCUGGUGCAUCAAUGAAGAUAGUUUCAGCAGUGAUAACCUUGUUGUUAAUGGUGGUUUUUCUGGGGUACAUGAUGAUUUGGUCCGUGACGCCUACUAACACCUUUUACUUGAAUUGGUUUCCUGAUGUUGAGAAAAAAACCAGUUCCACUUAUCUUGGAGAACAAGGUUCAACCAUACUGAUUUAUGCAUUUCCUAUCCUCUUCAUUGCUACCAUUGCCUCCUUGUAUCUUCAUCUUGAAAAGAAGUAUGAUCAUGAUAUCAACACCAGCAGGUUGUUUUCUCGGAUGAUAUUGUCGAAACGGCUGGCGAUAACGAAAGGUCCUCUUGGGAUUGUUACCUGGACAGAGCUAACAUUUCUGGCCAUGUUUGUUGCAUUAUUGGUUUGGUCCUUGUAUUCUUACAUGCAUGAUAUGUUUGCAUUUGCUGCCGUAGAAGCUGCUCAAGAAAAAUUUCAAGUGUGGGAAGUUAAGUUGGAAACUGCAGGUCUGAGUCUAGGGCUUGUAGGAAACACCUGCCUGGCCUUUCUAUUCUUUCCAGUGGCUAGAGGAUCUUCAGUUUUGCAGUAUGUUGGCCUCACUUCAGAGGCAAGCAUCAAGUACCAUAUAUGGCUAGGCCAUAUUACCAUGGCCAUCUUCACUGCACAUGGUUUAUUUUACGUUACUUAUUGGUCCCUUACACAUCAGAUAUUACAGAUACUCAAAUGGGACAAGUUCAUGGUUUCCAAUGUGGCUGGAGAAAUAGCUUUGCUUGCUGGAUUGGUCAUGUGGGCAACAAGUUUCGGACGGAUAAGGCGAAAGAUUUUCGAGCUCUUCUACUAUAGUCAUCAUCUCUACGUUGUGUUUGUUAUCUUCUAUGUGUUCCAUGUUGGUUUUGCUGGGUCUUGCCUCAUCCUUCCUGGUUUCUACCUCUUCUUGAUCGAUCGAUAUUUGAGAUUGUUACAAUCUCAGCAAAAAAUCCGUUCUGUCGCAGCACGCAUUUUACCAUCUGAAACAGUAGAGUUGAAUUUCUCCAAGAGUUCAGGAUUGAGCUAUGCACCAACAAGCAUUGCAUUCAUAAAUGUGUCUAGCAUUUCCAGGAUACAAUGGCAUCCCUUUACUGUUACCUCCAACAGCAAUAUGGAUUCUGAUAAGCUAAGCGUUGUCAUCAAAUGCGAUGGAAGUUGGUCUCACAAGUUGUAUCAGAUUCUGUCCUCCCCUUCUCCUACUAACAGACUUGAGGUCUCUAUUGAAGGACCAUAUGGCCCUCCUUCAGCCAAUUUUAUGAGGUAUGAGAAGCUAGUGUUGGUGAGUGGUGGAAGUGGCGUAACUCCUUUCAUCUCCAUCAUCCGCGAGAUCAUCUUUAAAUCCAACACAACAGGCAGCAAGACUCCAGCGAUUCACCUUAUAUGUGCAUUCAAGAAAUAUGCCAAUCUCACCAUGCUUGAACUUCUUCUCCCAGUUUCAGGGACCACUCUUGACCUCUCUCGAUUGCAGCUGCAAAUUGAAGCCUACAUAACCCAAGAGACAGAGCCAAAAACAGUGAACCAGAGUUCUAUUAGAACAAUAUUGUUCAAGCCUAAUCCAUCUGAUGCACCAGUUUCUGCAGUAUUAGGCCCUAACAGCUGGCUGUGGCUCAGCGUGAUAAUCUCCUCCUCUUUUAUCAUUUUCCUUCUGUUGACUGGCCUUCUCACACGAUUCUACAUAUUCCCAAUCGACCACAAUACCAACAUGAAGUAUCCAAUGCCAGCAAGUUCAGCUUUCGGCAUGUUAUUUGUGUGUGUAGCCAUAACAAUUGCUGCCUCUGCAGCUUUUCUAUGGAACAAAAGAGAAAACGCUAAGGAACUAAAUCAAAUUCGGACCACAGAUAUGUCAACACCAGCUCCAUCACCUGCUUCGUUGUUGUAUGAAACAGAACUAGAAAGCCUUCCUCACCAAUCUCUUCGUCAAGCCACCACAGUGCAGCUCGGGCGAAGGCCAAAUCUGAAAAAAAUACUAUCAGAAUUGAAGGAGGAAAAUGUAGGAGUUUAUGUUAGCGGACCGAGGACGAUGAGGCAAGAAGUGGCAGCAGUCUGCUCAUCUUUUUCAGCAGAUAAUCUUCAUUUCGAGUCCAUCAGCUUUAGCUGGUGAUUUAGAAAUCUAGCAUGCAGUUCUAUUCGAGAAAUUUGUAAAUUAGAAAUCCUUGUCUCUUUCUGUCGCAAAAUUAUAAAAGUCUCAGUUUAUCA